UUCCAGAUACUAGAGGAGAAAAUCAUCACUUUUGUGAAGAACGAGCUGAAGAAUAUCCAGACAGACCUCAGUCCAGAUGACCUACAGUGUUUCAAGAGUCAAUGUGAGGAUGAGGAUGUAUUACAGAGUGUGGAUGAAGAACAGAGUAAGAGCAGCAGAGAAGCAUUUGUGACGAUUACAGUGGACUUCCUGAAGAAAAUGAAGCAGAAUAAGUUCGCUGAGCAUUUGCUAAGAAGAACCUGCAAUAGGAACUUCCAGUUGCAUCAACAUGAAUUUAAAUCUGCUCUGAAGAAUAAGUUCCAGUGUGUGUUUGAGGGGAUUGCUAAAACAGGAAACCCAACCCUUCUGAAUCAGAUCUACACAGAGCUCUACAUCACAGAGGGAGGGACUGCAGAGGUCAAUGGUGAACUUGAGGUCAGACAGAUUGAUACAGCAUCCAGGAAACUAGAUAGUCUAGAAGCAAUAAUAACAAAAGAAGACAUCUUUAAAGCCCCACCUGGAAGAGAUGAACCAAUCAGAACAGUGCUGACAAAGGGAGUGGCUGGCAUUGGGAAAACAGUCUUAACACAGAAGUUCACCCUGGACUGGGCUGAAGACAAAGCCAACCAGGACAUCCAGUUCAUAUUUCCAUUCACUUUCAGAGAGCUGAAUGUGCUGAAAGAGGAAAAGUUCAGCUUGGUGGGACUUGUUCAUCACUUCUUUACUGAAACCAAAGAAGCAGGACUCUGCAGCUUUGAAGACUUCCAGGUUGUGUUCAUCUUUGAUGGUCUGGAUGAGUGUCGACUUGCUCUGGACUUCCACAAAACUACAAUCCUAACUGACCCUAAAAAGUCCACCUCAGUGGAUGUGCUGCUGAAAAACCUCAUCAGGGGGAAACUGCUUCCCUCUGCUCGCCUCUGGAUAACCACACGACCUGCAGCAGCCAAUCAGAUCCCUCCUGACUGUGUUGGCAUGGUGACAGAGGUCAGAGGGUUCACUGACCCACAGAAGGAGGAAUACUUCAGGAAGAGAUUCAGAGAUAAGAAGCAGAUCAGCAGGAUCAUCUCACACAUCAAGAAAUCACGAAGCCUCCACAUAAUGUGCCACAUCCCAGUCUUCUGCUGGAUCACUGCUAUAGUUCUGGAGGAUGUGCUGAAAACCAGAGAGGGAGGACAGCUGCCCAAGACCCUGACUGAGAUGUACAUCCACUUCCUGGUGGUUCAGGCCAAAGUGAAGAAGGUCAAGUAUGAUGGAGGAGCUGAGACAGAUCCACACUGGAGUCCAGAGAGCAGGAAGAUGAUUGAGUCACUGGGAAAACUGGCUUUUGAUCAGCUGCAGAAAGGAAACCUGGUCUUCUCUCAGUCAGACCUGACAGAGUGUGGCAUCGAUAUCAGAGCAGCCUCGGUGUACUCAGGAGUGUUCACACAGAUCUUUAAAGAGGUGAGAGAACUGUACCAGGACAAGGUGUUCUGCUUCAUCCAUCUGACAGUUCAGGAGUUUCUGGCUGCUCUUCAUGUCCAUAUGAGCUUCAUCAACUCUGGACUCAAUCUGCUGGAAGAGCAACAAACAACCUCCAAUGAGUCUGAAACAGGAGCAUCUGCAGAGAAACACUUCUACCAGAGUGCUGUGGACAAGGCCUUACAGAGUCCAAAUGGACACCUGGACUUGUUCCUCCGCUUCCUCCUGGGUCUUUCACUGCAGACCAAUCAAAAUCUUUUACAAGGCCUUCUGACACAGGAAGAAAGUAGCUCACAGACCAAUCUGAAAACAGUCCAGUACAUCAAGGCGAGGCUCAGUGAGAAUCUGUCUGCAGAGAAAAGCAUCAAUCUUUUCCACUGUCUGAAUGAACUGAAUGAUCGUUCUCUAGUGGAGGAGAUCCAACAGUCCCUGGGAUCAGGAAGUCUCUUCACAGAUAAACUGUCUCCUGCUCAGUGGUCAGCUCUGGUCUUCAUCUUACUGUCAUCAGAAAAAGAUCUGGAUGUGUUUGACCUGAAGAAAUAUUCUGCUUCAGAGGAGGCUCUUCUAAAGCUGCUGCCAGUUAUCAAAGCCUCUAACAAAGCCCUACUGUCUGGCUGUAACCUCUCAGAGAGAAGCUGUGAAGCGCUGCGCUCAGUUCUCAUUUCUAAGUGUUUUAGUGUGGAAGAACUGGACCUGAGCAACAAUGACCUGCAAGACUCAGGAGUAAAGCUUCAAUCUGCUGGACUGAAGAGUCCAAACUGUUCACUGAAAUCUCUCAGUCUGUCAGGCUGUCUGAUCACAGAGGAACGCUGUACUUCUCUGGCCUCAGCUGUGAGCUCCAACCCCUCCCAUCUGAGAGAGCUGGACCUGAGCUACAAUCAUCCAGGUGAUUCAGGAAUGAAGCUGCUGUCGGCAGGACAGAAGGAACCAGGCUGGAGACUGGACAAUCUCAGGGUGGAGCCUGCUGGAGUCCGAUGGUUGAGACCAGGUCUGAGGAAGUAUUCCUGUCAACUCACAAUCGACACAAACACAGUGAACACAAAGCUCCAACUGUCUGACAACAACAGGAAGGUGACACGUGUGGAGGAGGUUCAGUCAUAUCCUGAUCAUCCAGACAGAUUUGAUGUUCAUCAGCUGCUGUGUAGAAAUGGUCUGACUGGUCGCUGUUACUGGGAGGUCGAGUGGAGAGGAGACGUUUUUAUAUCAGUGAGUUACAGAAUAAUCAGAAGGAAAGGAGACAGUAAUGACUGUUUGUUUGGACACAAUGAUCAGUCCUGGAGCCUGUACUGCACUAAUAAUGGUCCUGUUUAUGUCUGCCAUGACACCAAAAUCGUAUCCACCUCCACCACUGCCUCUGUCUCUAACAGAGUAGCAGUGUAUGUGGACUGUCCUGCUGGCACUCUGUCCUUCUACAGAGUCUCCUCUGACACUCUGAUCCACCUCCACACCUUCAACACCACAUUCACUCAAACUCUUUAUCCUGGGUUUACAGUCUGGCCUAGUUCCUCAGUGUCCCUGUGCUGA